AUGUUAUUGCUUGCACUCGCUGAUGCACAUAUUCCAGAUAGGGCAAUUGACUUGCCAAUUAAGUUUAAGAAGCUUUUGAAUGUUUCAAACAAGAUUUCACGAUCUGUUUUGUUGGGCAAUUGCACUAAGUCACCAAGUUUAUUGAAAUUUGUAAACGACAUUUCACCUAAUGUUACAAUGGUAAGGGGUGAAUUUGAUAACUUGAAAUUUCUUUCUACCGGUAAGGAUAACAAUCCAAUUGAGAAUGAAAUUCCUGUUAAUGCUGUGAUAAAAGUAGGGAAUUUCAAGAUAGGUUGUUGUAGUGGAUAUAUGAUUGUACCAAAGGCAGACCCGUUAUCCCUUUUAGCAUUGGCAAGGCAAUUGGAUGUAGAUAUAUUGUUGUGGGGUGGUACUCAUAAUGUAGAGGCAUAUACUUUGGAAGGUAAAUUUUUCGUGAACCCUGGUAGUUGCACUGGUGCAUUUAAUACAGAUUGGCCAAUAUCUACAAAUAUUGAAACAUCUGAUGAGGAAAUCACGGGAAUUGAUAAAUCACUAAAUACAGACUCGACCAAAGAAGAAGAGAUUGUGAAAGAAGAGGAAGAAUCUGUAAAAGAGGAAGAGAACGAUAACAAUUCUAAAGAAAAUAAGAAAUCCAAGAAGAAGAAAAAGAAGAAGAAUAACAAUAAUAACAAUAAAGCAGAGGCUGAAAGCAAUAAAACAGAGGCUGUAAGCAAUGCAAAUGGGACUGAUCUUAAACAAGAUCAAGAACCAGAAAGUAAAGAAGGGGAAAAGAAUAUUGAAGAUAUCGAAUUAGAUAUUGAUAUGUCUGAAUUCGAAGUAUCAGGAUCAAAUAUUCCAAGUUUUACUCUUCUUGAUAUUGAAGAGUCUACAUGCACAUUAUACAUUUACUUGUAUAUGGAUGGUGAAGUAAAAGUUGAUAAAAUUUCUUAUACUAAGGAAAGUUGA